GGGAGAGGAGGGGACGGGGCAGCCGCAGAGCAGGGAGAUGGCGACGGAGGUGGUGGAUCCUCAGCGCCGUCGCCUCGUCCCCCGCCUCGGGCACUGAGGCAGCCGCCCGGCUCGACCCACAGUCCCGGGGGACUGCUGGGGGAAGCGGCCGUGCCCGGCAGCGGCUUGGUGAGAGGUGAUUCUGUAAUGGACCAAUGAAAGCCAACGAUGACAAGUUGUGGUCAACAGCCCUUGAAUGUGCUAAUGGUUCUGCUUUCAUUGCUCUUGUCAGCAGUGUUGUCUGCACAUUUUCGGGUCUGCGAGCCAUAUACAGACUACAAAGGUCGCUACCACUUCGGUUUUCACUGCCCCCGUCUUUCUGACAAUAAAUCUUACAUCUUUUGCUGUCACCAUAACAACACAGUAUUUAAAUACUGCUGCAAUGAGACAGAAUUUCAGACUGUUAUGCAGAUGAACUUAACAGGGAAUGCAGAUGGAUAUAUGCAUAACAACUACAGUGCACUGUUAGGGGUGUGGAUCUAUGGCUUUUUUGUGGUGAUCUUGCUGGUACUGGACCUUUUAUAUUACUCUUCAAUGAACUAUGAUAUUUGCAAAUUUUACCUGGCACGGUGGGGAAUCCAGGGAAAGUGGAUGACUCAAGGACAGAGCCGAUGGAUUAACCCUGCUCAGGAUCCAAGCCAAGUACAGACACAGCCUCAGCCAGAGACACAGCCUCAAACUCAGCCUCAGCCACAGCCUCAAACGUCACAGACAGUACAUACUUUAAAAGGAGAUGCUUUAAGCCCACCUCUGAUGUCUUUUCAGAGUACAUCUGCCUGCAUGGAAACCAUCUGAGGGCUGUACAAAGGCCUGUGUGGUCUGAGUCCGGGUCCUGGUGGAUGUACCUUCCGCAGUCCAAGCACCGUCACAGACUCAGAAAAGAGGCCUGCAAGUGACUGAGCUUAAACUGCUGCGGCUUGCCUCAUGAUGCUCCCUCUGGGCCAUCACUGAGGUGCAUGAGCCAGGCCCUUCCAUGCUGACUGGUCCGUGUAAGAACCUGCAGUCCAAUUAGCCUGGGCAGGCUUUAACAGCUGGACAUCAAACAGCAACAAGCAGCAAGGAAUUCCUUACUGCUGCUCAACAAAGCAUCAGCCGGGGGGCAGUAAAAUGGAAUAUUCUAAGUUGAUGAAUCAAAAUCCAGACCACUGAAAAAAAUUGUUCUCACUACCACAGGAACAUUAUUAGUUAAUAAUGGCUAAAAAAAGGUCAAGCUAGCAAGGAAGACUGCAUUAAGAGGAAGUUUGAGCAGGGGCAGCCUGGCAGAGCUUUCCAGACAUACCGUGGCUGCACUGUGUUCUAGCUGUGGGAGCAGAACUGAUGAUCAUCUCUCUGCCUUGUUCUGCUGAUCCUAAACCUCACACCCGUCACAGAUGCAUAUCAAAGGGCAUACUGUCUUCAAGGCUAACUUUUGCCUCUGUCAUCCCUGUCUGUCUGCACAACACAACACAGAGGCAAUGUCUGCACUGAGUAUGUUAAGCUACAGGAGUCACAGUUUCAGAAAUCUGCUGCUUGUCCAGGAUCAGGAAAGCUACCAGCCCAGCAGGGUGAGCCUGUGCUUUUUUCCUUUAUGCAGUGGGAAUGGGCUAGACAAAGGCAAGUCUAUUUUACUUCUCCUUAUUAGAUUUUGCAGUCUGCUUUCGCUGUGAAUUCCUCUGAGUCUUUCAGACACCAAAUAGAAUCGUUUGUAGCACACCACUACUCCAUGCCUCUUCAAGUGACUAUCAAAUCACUUAAAAAGAGGGGGAUAAAAACAAACUCUGCCAGUAUGUUUAAAGGCUAGCAAGUAGCUAAGCAUGUCCACAGUAGCUGUGCAAAAAAAAUAAAUAAUAAUAAUUAAAAAAAAAACACAGACGUGGAAUAAAGACUGUGCUGGUGGGUAAACAUCUAUGUGAAAUAAUUCCGUUUGAUAAUACAUCUUGAAACAGAAUACGUGUUAUCACUGGAGCUAACUACCCACAUUUGGUAGGUGCUGUGCUUCAGCAAUUUCAAAGAGCUGCACAAACAAUCAUGCCAGUGUCACCUAGCUUGGGACACUGGCUCUGAAGUGGGUCAGCUGUGCGGUGUGACCAUGGCCACCAUCCAGAAAAAGCACUAUACAGCAGUGUGGCAGGGGGAUUCUGUGAAGAGACUGCUCUUGAUAGAAAAUAUUUACAGGAACAGAGUGAACAAAAUCUGGCCCAUUCAAGGCACUGUUUUUAUUUACAUCCCCUAGCUAGAUUGUUGAACUACACUCAAGACUAAGUAUGGCAAACCAAAGCACCAUAGUUUGUUUUAUGAGAGCUUUUAUGAGAAAACUACUUAAGAGUUAACAUCCUGGAGUAUCUAUCUAGUAAGAAACAUUAAGUGUAUCAGACAACAUCUACAAGUACACAUGCACUUACAUUCCCUUCAAAAGACAUUAAUUUAGAAUAACAGAUAUUGUUAAAUAAUUUUCUUCUCAAUAUUCUUGCCUGUUUGCUAGGACCCGCAUAACUGUAAAAACAUAAGAAGCUUAAAAACUAAAACAAAACUAGGGAACUCACUUUCUGCUCCUGGAAGAGCCAGAUCACGAAACUGGUUUUGCAUUGCGUAUCCCUUCUCUUGCCUGGACUCCUACGUGAUGUCAGGGCAGGAGACCAGCAAAACGGGUGGGAGACUUGGAAGCAAGCAUCUCAAAUGCCUUAAUGCUCCAAUUCUUGUUUACUUGCCACCACACUAUAAUUAUGCAACUAAAUGGAAAGGUUUUGAAUUUCAUAAUUUUCAUUUAAACAAUUCAAGAUGCAUAAAUGAGUGCUUUCUUUGUUGUUUUUAGAAAUUCACUACUGACAUGAAGACAAUAUGCAAGGCUUCUGCCCACUUCAGUCUGAAUCCCAGCAAUCCUUCUAUAUGUUGAUAGACACUGCUACAUAAAUAAUACAUACGGUUCAUUUCAUGCCUAUUCUCUUUUUGCUUUUGUUCUGUAAGUUAUAGACCCAAUAAUGCAACAUUUAUUUCUUCACAUUUGUGUAAACUGCAGAUUCAUUGGAUAUGAGAUGAUCGAUAUUCCCUAUGUAGUUAUUUCUCAGCCUGUCCAUCAAUCUGCGACUGUCAUAUUCAUCAACUUUAUGAAAGUCUUUCCUUUAAAUGGACUGUACAGUUAAAGUGAUUUAACUAUCUUAAAUAUGAUAAUGAAUUGUCAGAAAACAGCAAUUAGUAGAAAAGUGAGUAGUUAAAUGGAUAUCUGAAAGUUAUUGAUAAAUGAACUCUGCAUGCUGAGAGAUGAAGGUUAGUCAAAAUACUGGAAACCAAUUCUGAACAACUUCCAUAUUUAAAUUUUCUCAUAUAUUUUGAGUAGAUUUUCUUGCAGCCAGAUCCUUAGCUUAUCUAGAUAAUAACAAAUCAAGAGUGUAGCACUGCUGAAGUAGCAGAUAGCAGCAUGCAAUUCAUGUGAAAUCAGAAGAAAUCAAUUAAGACUGCAAUUUUACUGUAUAAUGUAACAACACUAUAGUGUCAUACACAGGAAUGAGUAUGACAUCACAAGUUUUAUCAACAAAACCCAUCAUCUCUCUCGCAGCAAACACCACUUAAUUUUAAAGACAAUUAGAGCUAUUUGGAUAGUUCUUUCUCCUACCCCUUACCUUCACCUUGGAGUCAGAUGCUCAACAGCACAUACACUUUUCAUACAUUUUAUAUAUGCACUGAGAAAUAAAAUGACUAGGUUAUUCUGAAGCUCCUCACAUAGAUUCUGAAGCAUCAGAAUCAGAGAAACUUUAAAGCAUCCCCAAGCACUUUUCAAAUAAGCUGAGUGCAACUGCUGAGCUUCAAGGAAAAGUACUCACAUAUAUAUAUUCAUGCAGCAGUCUGUUCAUUUCUCUUAAUAGCACUUUAAAGGUGUCCAGGCUGGGUGAUUUGAAAUUCAUAUCUGCAUAUCUGCAUAUCUGCAUUUAAAAAAUCCAAGUCAACUGCUCACAGUCACCCUUGAUUUAGAUCUGUAAAUACAAAUGUAGCUGCAAAUCAGCUUAGCUGCAUCUGACAUAUUGUUAAGAGCAGCUGUAUCUGGCAAACGGAAGAAGGAGAGAGUUGCUCCCAUACUUUGUAUUGAAUUAUGCAGCCUCAGCCGAGUUAAAGUUUAACUGGCAGGGACCAAAAAUUAUUACUAAUAAAAUGCAAUUAAUUGCUUUCAGUUUUCUAGAAUCUAAAUAAGGCAGAUGGACAAGGAAGUGAGACGGAUAAUCAAUAGCUUCAGCCAGUGACUUUGCAGGUGGCAGAAGAGAUGAAAGGGAAAGUGGCAAGGAGCUGGCAUUACUGAUCCAAACAGGCAAGCCUUCCUGCAUUCAUGGAAAGUUGCAGCAGGAUUUCUGAGUAGGAAAUUUAGCAUAACUUACCAGAUUUCAGAACUGAAAGAAAAUAUAUCUUGAAAAAUUAAAGAAGGGGGGGAAAAAAGGAAAUGAUGGACAGAAUAUUGUCCAUCUUAAAUAGGCUACACCCCAGAAAACUACUAAAAACCUGCAAAAUGACUAUCUAUGUACACUGUGUGUUUUUAACAGAAGUGAGAAUGAAGAAGAAGAAAGCAAAAAUCCAGUGGAAAUAAGAGCCUAUGAAUUAAAAUCCCAUUGCUGUCAGUGUCUGGGAAAGUCAACGCCAGCAUAUAUUUUGGUUAUGAAGAAACAGAUAACUUACCUCCUAACUCAAGGAGGAACAAGCAGGUAGUACGGCUGAAGGUCAUGUACAGACCAGUUCAUUAUUCUCAGUUACUACUAAACAACAGCUGUAUGUAAUAAUUCUUUUAUAGGGUUGCAGAAGAUCUGUUCAAGUAUGCUAACAUUUCUGCAUGAAAUAAUGGCACACUGCAGAAUUCCAAACAAUAAUCAUAAAAAGCUGAUGUGAUGAUGCUGAAUCUGUGACCGUAAAUGGUAACAAUGUCAGACAAUUAUUUGAAGUGACAGCUGAGGUCACGGAUCUCCCACAUCAUUACUUUGUUACUGUUCCCCGAUUAGAUCAUGAUGCAGCAAGCAAAUAGGCAUUUCAUCAGAAAAGUGAUAAAACAUGUUUGUAUGACCUUGGUUUUAUAAUGAUCUUUCACUGCGCAGUUCAAGAAAAGGCCAGAAAUUAGACACAGUCAGUUUGUUCAUCAUUAGGAAAGUAUCAGAUAAAUGGUUGUUUAAGUCUCAAAAGCAAAAUAGAUCAAAAAGCAUUGAAAUUUGGGGAACAUUAGAGUCAUUUUACUGUCCAUUAGGUCAGGAGAGAACACAUGCGAGUCAGGAAACCAUUUUCAAGAACAGAAAAUGUUUUGGAGAAGUUAUGUGACCAACAUUGUCAUAAAUAUAUGUACACAGGUAUCUAUAACCAUAAUUGUAAAGAAAAUCUAUUCACUGAAAAAAAAAAAAGCCUCUGAAAAAACUUUGAAGUGCACUGUAAAAUGUUUCUUGGAAAUCACAAAUGCUAGGGAGGUGAACCCAAGUUUAAGACACUAAACAGCAGGAAGAUGACAAAUGCAGCUCAAACAAUUAAAAAUGCCACUAAUGGCAGUGUCCAAUGGCAGGUGAUGACAUGAUCCCAAAACAGAACAAGUAGGCAAGCCUGAGACAUAGUACUUUAAACAUCAGAGAAGACAGGCUAGUCAGCACAAUUACGUAGCCUACACAGAGCAGCAUAACAGGAAUAAUUGGUGGAAAGUGGGCACACAUCUUAAACUACAGGAACCUAUGUAAAAAGUAGCUAUGUGGAAAAUAAAUAGACCAGUUCAUUUGACGUCCCGGCAGGGUAAUCUGUUUCCUGUUGUUUGUACGUACUGGUAACCUUUACUUGGGCUCCAAAGAGCCUGAAAGAUGGAAUAGUGGUGGAGACAUGGCCAUUUACAGCAAACGUUAAAAGCAGCGAUGGAAAGGUGUUUGCUCAGAGGUUCAUGCAAUCACUUUGCAGAACAGUGACUGAUGGGCUUAAAUCUAAAAUGGUGCAAGGUCUGCCUGCAAUUUUUCUGAAGGAUGGGUGCUCUAGUACGUAGCUGAGUAGUUUAUGCACAAAGGAGUCUUCAUAGUUAAGGGCACUUUGUGUUAAUAGUGGUGAAUCAUACCACUGAGGUGGAUUCGCAUUAGAGCAAUUCUUUGCAGUCAUUAAAGUGAUGCUGUUCUGAGAGCUGAAACACAGUGAGCAGCCUGCUUCCUUCCUGUUGAAAAUCAUUACUAUCAAAUAGCAGCAUGUGGAAAAGUAGUUGCAGUGAGUUUCAUCAAAAAUUACAGUAAAUUAAUUAAAGUCAUUAAGUAUAUUCUAGGUUGAUAAGUGAUAUAGAUUUUAAUCAGUCAUGCAGACAAGGGCAGCAAGUUAUUUUCCAUUGCAUUACCAACUUCUCAGCUCUUGGAUGUGAUACGUCAUUGGGAGCUGCUGGGCACAGUACCUUUUAUCAGUCUUAUGCUAGCAGGUCAUCUCAGUCACAGUUCCACCUAAAAUAUUCUAAAGAAAUUCUGAUUGGAAAGCAGCCAGAAUUCACCCUUUCUGAUCACCAAAAAACUCUCAAACAGUGGCUGAAGUUAAUAACUGAUUCCAUCUAAAAAAAUGCUUGCUUAAUUUAUUUUCUUUUAGACAUUUUAAAGAAAAUUAUGUGAGGGGCUGGGGGUUGACUUUUUCUUUUUUACUGGUCAGUGAAGCCUCUCAACGCUCAGAGUAAGAACAGCGUUCCAGCUAAAAAGAGCCCCACCGUUUGCUUGCACUACUAAAAGAAGAUAAAAAUGUGGAUGAAUUUUUGUAAAUGUGUUAAAAAUACAAACAAAUUGUGAUGCUAUUGAAACCAAAAAUAAAUUUGGUUCGUUUGCCA